CUCCCGGAAGAUUAUAUUAAUGCUGGAGUCGUUUACCAGAAUUUUCACUUCCUUCACGGUUCGAAAGCUUAAUCUUUCGGUUUCAUGAGGAAACAUUUCUGAACUCGAAAUCUGCCAAGUCAUGUUCUUCUCUACAGGAGAAAUUAAUUUUUCAUCAACGCCUUUUUUCAAAAAAGAGCGAGAAAUUCUCCUGAUGUAAUCCCCAUCGGGGUUUCCCCUCAAAUUCUGUAGAUAUUUCCAACCGAGACAAACGUUAGUUCCGUUCGAUUCGUGACCUCGUCCAGACUGAAACAAGAGCAAACUCCAGCGACCAGAAAUGUCGUUUCAGUAUGAUGAAAUUGCAAAGGAAAAAAUAUCUGCUUUAGGCGCUAAACUCGGGAUUAUUGGAAACCAAGCUGACGGUUCACAAUUGAGGAAUAAUUCCCUUGUAUUACCGGUAGCUGGCGAAACUGUCUCAAAGAUAGUACAAGAAUGGCAACAAGAACUUCUCGCUCACCUCAAACCUGUGUCACCCGCGCCAAAAGUGAGCAAAUCCAGCCUUCUUGAUGCUAGAAAGCUUUUUGGGGACAACUUCAAAACAAAAGUGACGCUGCGGAAGUCUGGCCAUCUCGGGGCUUACGAAGAAAUAUCUCUCCUUCAGUUCGAUCCGAACUUUACUUCCUCUGAGGUUAUCUGCCGUCAUCCGUCCUGCUCAACUAAGAAUUCAAAAGCAGCAAAAAGUGGCAACAAAAGGGAUCUUUUCCUCUGUCCAAUUCAUCAGCAAGAGUUGAGGAACAGCAUUUCUGACCUCUUUGCACAGGAGAAAAUUAAACUCUCCAUCAGUACCGAAAAGCCCGAACACGGUCGCUUUGCCGGAUACACGUCACUUAUCAGUCUGCUGGAGGGUGCCUAUCAUGAUGCCAAGAAAUUUCAGACGCUUAAAGGAAAAUCUCCGUUGAUCCAAGAAGCAAUUCUUAAUGUCAGAAACUUCUUGAUCAUAACCAACUGCUUGUUAAACCCCAAUGGUGACAACCUGGAAAUUGGUCUGCCACCUGUAUUCCAAAUAUUGCGCCUCAUCCUCCAAAAUCCAAAUGCAACCAAUCAGUUGGGAGUUCACCUCAUCUACAUGCUCCGCGAGGUCAUAGAGAUGAUUCUUUUCUCUUUUGGUGUGAUCUAUUGUUGGGUGACCCUUGCCCUUAGCAAUCCUGGUGCUCAGAUUGGGUUUGGAGUGGGUAUGAUCUUGGGGGCAGGUGCUUUCCUCCUGGGACCUUGGAGUGGGGCUGCUGGUGUGGCCAUAGGAGGGUCUGCUGGGGGUCUAAUUGGCAAUGGUAUUCACGGCUUAAUUUCUGGUGGACAACGACACCAAGAGCUACAGCGAUUCAGAGAGAGAAGGAGAGAAGCUGGAGGUGAUAUACAACGGAAUGGUCAGCCAAACAACCAGUACCCAGUAUACUAUUUUGAAGGAGAUGUAGCAGGUGGACUAGAUCUGCUUCUAGCAGAGCUUUGAACCACAAAGAUAGUUCAUUAAACCCAUUGAACCCUGAGUCCUGUCUUGAAAUUCUCCCUUUUGCAUGUAAUAGAUUUUCUUGUAAAAUUAAUUUUAAAGAGGAUUUAGUGCUAAAUCAAAAUAGCCUCUUCAAGUUGAUAAUUGUGUCAAUUCUUAUCACAUAUUUGCUUAAUAAUGUAUUCACAUUGUGGGGAGAAGUUUCAAAUUCAUCAUCAAAGAGUUAUUGCAAGUAUGCACAAACAUCACUAAUAGCAAGGUGGUGCCUGUUUUAGUGUGAAUUAAGUUUAAAAAAAAUAACUGAAGAAUUCAAAUAGCAAGAACCAACUGUAUGGUCCAUUUUAGGAAGUGUUAAUUGUUAUAGAGAGUAGUUGUGAAUGGGGAGUUUCUGGAAAUUUCUAGAAAGCUUAGUCAUGCUAUGUGGAUUUAUCUAGAACAUUCUACUGAGUGAUGCAAUCAUUACGUAAUGUUACAAGAAUAGUUACUUUAAAGGUUUCAAGAACCUUUAAUAUUAAUGCCUUAUUAAUGUAUAUAAGCAGUUGGUGACCUAAUUAAGUUAGUGGAUGUUGUUGGCCAAGGCUGACUGCUUGAAAAAGCUAACUAGAGUUGUUGUAGUC